CAGCAGAAGGGGAAACGAAGGUGUAAUGGAAUGGAACCUUUUAAGAGGAUAUUGACCUUAAGUUAUAUGAUUUCUGAAAGUCAUAAUAACACACAACACUAGCCUCCCUCUCUCUUUAUGCAGUCAAAUUUAGCCAUCUCACUACUGAUGCAUAAAGGGUACCUGAGAUCUCUGAGUCAAAAGCAUAGAAAAGCUAUAACAAACGUUUUUAAAAACCAUUGAUUGAAAUCCUUCAACCUCUGACAGAGAACAUCUGCAGAUUAAGUUUGUGACAGGGAUGGUUUCAAGAGCAGCUAUAGUGUUACUCAUUGGUCUUCUGGGAAUGGUUUAUCAAGCUACUCAACUUCCCCCUCCAAAUCUUAAUGAUUCAUCAGAUGAUAUUCAUGUGGUUUCACCAAGAAUCAGACUCGGUGAUGGAAGAUACCUGGCUUACAGAGAAAGGGGUGUCCUCAAGGACAAAGCAAAACACAGGAUUAUCAUUGUGCACGGCUUUGGAAGCUCCAAAGAUAUGAACUUUCUGGCACCCCAAGAACUAAUAGAUGAACUGAGUGUAUAUAUUCUGCAAUAUGAUCGUGCUGGCUAUGGAGAAAGUGAUCCAAACCCCAAACGCUCACUGAAAAGUGAAGCCCUUGACAUUGAAGAACUAGCUGAUCAGUUACAAAUAGGGUCAAAAUUUUAUGUCAUUGGAGUCUCAAUGGGAUCAUAUGCUACCUGGAGCUGUCUGAACUACAUCCCCAACAGGCUAGCAGGUGUGGCUAUGAUAGCUCCAGUCAUAAAUUAUGAGUGGCCUUCCCUUCCUGAGAGUCUUGUAAGGGAGGACUAUAGGAAGAAACUUAUCCAGUGGGCCCUGUGGUUUGCAAAUUAUUCUCCUAGACUAUUGCACUGGUGGGUGACUCAAAAGUGGCUCCCUUCAAAUUCUGUCAUAGAAAAAAAUCCAGCAUUCUUCAACAAAAGAGAUAUAGAUAUUUUGAAGACAAUUCCCGGGUUCCCAAUGCUUACCAAGGACAAAUUAAAGGAACAGGUUGUUUUUGACACUCUAAGGGGUGACUGGAUGGUGGCCUUUGGAAACUGGGAAUUUGACCCAAUGAAGCUAAGUAAUCCAUUCCCUCAGAAUAGAAGUUUAGUUCACAUUUGGCAGGGCUAUGAAGAUAAGGUAGUGCCCUCUCAAAUCCAGAGAUUUGUUUCAAGGAAGCUUCCCUGGAUACUUUAUCAUGAAGUUCCAGAUGGUGGCCAUUUAAUUGUACACUAUAGUGGUUUAUGUGAUGCCAUUUUGAAGGCACUUUUACUUGGAGAAGAAAAUCUUUCAUAUAGACCUAGACCAGCAAUAUUUGUAUCUUAA